AUUUGCGUUUGUCUGCGGAGCCGUUUGUUAGCGCUUCAAAACGGCGAGCUCGCCAGCUGCGCCUUCGUGGCAGUGACGCAUUUGUAAUGGACGCUACACGCGGUGUCUCCACCGCCGUGCCACCGGCCGCGCUGGCUUUGGCGAUGUGCUUGUCGUGGCCGCACGCCGCGCCCGCUGGCGGUGCCGCUACACGCAUGUCGCGUAACGUGACUAAGCUGAAACAACAAGACUUCAAGCAUUACGCAAGUUUCGUGAGCCUCGGCAUCGUCCAGGGGUCCACUCAGAACGCUUACUUCGACGUGCUGCAGAAAAUCGAAUCGAUCACGACAUACGUCGGUAAUGACAUACUGGUGUGGGCCACGUUGGCCGUUUCCGAAUCGAACUGCAGCACAGCGACACCUUUCGUAGUGGGGACGUGCGUUGCGAACAAGCCUUCACGGAAAUGCACUAUGGCGACCUACGUCGGGUCUUUGGGAGUUCACCUGUCCACUCAGUACUACUAUUGCACAUAGCUUAUACGGACGGUAUAUAUAUAUAUAUAU